UAUACAAUAUAUGGCCCAGUCAAUGAUACUCUGACAGCCCAUCAAUGGACUUGGAAGCAAAAGAUGAAGAGGAAGAGAGUCUUCAGACAGCUUUCAAAAAGCUAAGGGUGGAUGCAGCAGGAUCUGUUGCCUCUCUCUCUCUGGGUGAGGGGACAAUUCUGAGAGCACCGAUAAGAGCAGCUACGGAUGGAGCCAGACCACAGUCUGUCUGUUCAAAGGAGACGUGGCAUGGGUGUAUAAGGAAGCCUUCAAGAGGGUCGGCAAGAACUCCUCGUCGCAGGCGUUCCAAGUCUCCUGUCCUACAUCCUCCAAAGUUUACAUACUGUAGUAUGAAAGCCAGCAGCCAGUUGAAACAUAAAAACCAGCCGGAGGCUUCAAAGAGUAAUACCAGUGCAGACAUUUGUGCUACAGAAGAACCAUGCACAGGUGAAAGAAAUGAUUCCCACUUCACUGCCAGUAGUCACCGAAGAGCCAAAACUGAAAUUUUAGUGGCUUCCACAACUAAACAUCCUUCAGAGAAUUUGAGAGAGAGUUGUGCUGCUAUUUCCUCAUCCUUUGAAACCAACCUGGAUUCUAGUCAACCUUCAGAUUUCCAAGCAUUAUCCAAGCUCAGCAAUGGCAAGCAGUGCCCUUGCGUGGACAAGAAGUGCCAGUGCAAAAAGUGGCAAGCCAUGGAAGUGUAUUCUUUCUCUGGCUUGCGAAGCGUCCUGUCAGAAUGUGAAAAGGCAGUACUCGGAGUGCAUUCUCAGUCCUUGCAGAAAAGAUCACCCGCUACUGUGGCUUCGACAGGUUCUCCUCGGUCUUGUUCAGAGCAAGCUCGAGCCUUCGUGGAUGACGUGACUAUUGAAGAUCUUUCAGGCUAUAUGGAAUAUUACUUGUAUAUUCCCAAGAAAAUGUCCCACAUGGCAGAAAUGAUGUAUACUUGACUGUGAAGAGCAGAGAAUCAUUGAGCUGGAAAUCUGGUGGCAAUGGGUGGGUGAAGUGCUCUGUCAGUGCCAUGGCUAUUUUCAUUGCUGUGUUUGAUCAAACCUUUCUUUGCACCAUACAGUGUAGUUUUUUAAUAAAAUGGAAAACAAAAUAGCUCCUGAACUUAGUUUUAAAAAUGUGCACUAAAAUGGCUGAAAACCUUAAAGAAAGCAUUGUAGAUCAAAUAAAGUUCUUUUGUUCUUUGGUG